AUGAGUUUUAGGCUGCCAUCAGAUGUUGCUGAUUUUGACCAACUGAAAGAUGCUUUUAAAUACAUGAUUAAAUUUCGAACAAUUGUAGAUGAGAAUCAUAGAAGAUUGAAAAAUAUUAUUGAAGGAAGACCUGUGACUCCAACCAAUUCUAUUCAAUGGACAAUAAAAAUCAAGAAAUCUCCUAUAACUUUAAAAAAAGAAGAAAAAGAACUAAAAAAUAAAGCUACUAGAAUUGAAAAUUCGAGAGAAAAAAAUCCAUUCACUUAG